CCGUCUCUGGUCGCUUGUGUCUCCGCCUGCUACCAAGGUUGAGCAACCCCAGUUCUCUUCCGCCGCACAGUCAUGACAAUUGUCAUGAUAUACCCCAUCUCCCUUGCUCGUUAAGCUCGCCACGAUAUCCUCCUCUUCGAGUCCGUUCCAUAUCCACCAAUUCACGCGACUACCCUACUCCAUGUCCUUCGGUCCUCGGUAAACAACCCAGAGUGAUUGAUACUCAGACAAAAUGGCGGCGAUCCUGCCUUCCUCGCCGGAGAGGCAGUAUUCCUUCUCUUCCGACUCCCUACCUAUCGACCGGUAUUUCUUGGACAGUCCCGACAUGACCGAGUCCAAAUCUCCGGUUCAUAACUACCCUUCCAGGGACUGUCCGAGUCCCGUCAACUCGUCGGCUCCCUCUUCCAUCCCAUCCUCGCCCGAUUUCAACCCUACCUCCAUCGACAACGCCCCUCCUAGUCCCGCCACUCUGAGCACCGUUUCGCUCAGUACGAACUACACCGAGGACUCGGACGACGAAGAGAUCCUGUUACCCGCCUACGAGGGUUAUCCGGUCACAAAAAAGGUAUCGGACAUCCCGAACGAAGUUUCGGAAUUGCCACGGGUACGUGCGUCGGGCUCUGCCGCCGACGAUAGCUCCAUCGAGGAGGAGCCAUCGAGGCACGUCGACUAUCUCUCUCACGAGUGGGAGGAGGGUGAUAUCUGGGCCUCGUGGCGUUACGUUGUUGCACGCAGAAAUGUAUACGACAAUGGGGCCCGUUUGGAGAAUGCGUCCUGGAGAACGUGGGCCAAAAUCCACUUGAAACGGGGCACCGUGUCACCCGAGGCACUCAAUUGGUUGAAGGACUGCGACGUAACAUGGCUGUAUGGCCCUCUCAAAACGUGCGGGCGCCGCAAAUCCGCGUCCAACCCCUCUCUCUCGUCAAGCCAUCUCACCACCCCUACAUUAUGCCAGGACCGGAAACCGAUCCUGAAGAAACGAACGGCUUCGGAAACAAUCUUACAACGUUCCUUGUCCCAGCAUACGCUUCUCCAGCAUGCGGGCGCCAUCCUAAAAGCACAAGAAGCAGAGCAAACCCGCACCCGCUCAUCCUUCCGAGCACUGGAACUCGACCGGAUGCUGCCACGGCCGGCGGACGGUCGCCAGGCAGUCUCACCCAACGGCACCCCCAUCAAUACAAUGUCCAGUGGGGGCGCAUCGCCGAAUGAACGGCGCCACAUCCACUUCAACAACGAAGUUGUGCAGUGUAUCGCAGUCGAGAGCGAAGACGGGGAUGACGAUGAGGAAGUGGGCGGUGACUGGCCGACGGCCUGGGACGACGAUUCUUUACUGGACCGUGAUUUUGUCACCAUGAAACAAAUGUUUUCUACUCCCUCCGACAGGAGCGCGUCUGCCAGUAAUGCUGGCGGCGAGAAUCGGACCAUCGCGCCUCUUCCGUCCACCAUCCUCAAGUACCGCGGAGAUACCCCGGAACCUCCGGCAGGGUCCUUCAUGCAUCGCUGGUCCGGCUAUUUAUCCGCCUCUGUCUCUUCUUCUGCCGUCUCUUCUUCUGCCGAAACGACACGACAGUCGUUUCCGUCCGCGAACUUUUUGUUGGACGACGGUGAUUAUGAUCCGGAUUACUUCCACCAUCCUGAUCCACAUGCCUUCGACUCGGGCGAUCGACCUCGCCCCUGGUUUGUCAAUAGAAAGGACGACGAAGAGCUCGACCGAGACAUGGACUUCGCAUCAUCCGGGCUCUUGUGGUCAGACGACGAGAGAGAUUCCAGCAAUAGCGGCAUCUUGGACCGUGUCGUCGAUACCGUCAACACCGCUCGCGACAUUGCUCAUGUCAUCUGGAAUGUUGGCUGGCGGCGAUGACCUAGACAUUCAUGAUAGGUGCGGCGGUGAUUACUUUAUUAUUAAAAGGAUAUGGCGUUUCUUCCUUCCGCGUGAUGUUUUCAGGGAGCAUAAACAGGCGAUAUUUGAUAAUUGUGGAGUUUGACUUUCGAGCGCAUUGUGGGCUACCAGGAAGCCAUCAGGAUUUGGGACCCAACAGUCUUUGUUUGCAUACGUUGUCCCUUCGACUCACUGGUGUUGCCUUUGAUUUUUACGAUAAGAAUGAGCAGCAGCGCUGUUCUCAUUCGUACUUGUUACGAGAUAACGAUUAAUUAAUACAGAACGAUAUCGAUGCUAGCCUA